AUGGCUGAUUUUAGCACAGCAGGAACCACCUUUCAGCAUCCGCAGGAAGCUACUACCGCUUCUCCUGAAACUGUUGUCAAAGAGCCGGGGACAAAUGAAACUGUAAAAGAAGAAACGGCAACCACAACACACGAGUCAGAACCGACGACGACGGUAGCCUCUCAAGAGACUGUCAAAGAGACAGCUCCAGUAGAAGAGACGAAGGAAAAUGCAGUCGAAAAAGAGAAAAAAGAAGAGGAGAAAAAAGACGAAAAACAAGGAGAAGAGAAAGAAGAAAAGAAGGAAACUGAGGAUGCAAAUGAGUCAAAGAAACAAGAAGAAACUGUUUCAACAAGUGAAGACAAACAAACUUUGUCAACAAGUGAAAACAAUCAAACUUCGACCGCACCACCGGCAGUUGCUGAAACAUCUACACCGACGACUGAAGGUGUUGUUAAAGAGGAAAAGAAGGAACCUGUUGCUCAAGCCGAGCCUGCAUCUCCACCGCCUGCUGAGCAGGAACCAGUUGUCACUGCUACCACCGCAGCUGCUCCAACAACUGUCAACGUAGACAAGGAAGAAAAAGCUCUUCCAGAUACACCGAAAACCACAACUGAAGAUGCUGCUCCUGUUACCAACACUGCUGAGGCAACAAACACCACCGUAGCAGAACCAACAACUACAGAAACCAGUAAUGCCGGUGUCUCACGUGAAAUUGAUACUGAGGCUAAAGAAGCUUCGGAAGAAGGCAAGAAAUCUCCAAAGAAAGAAAAAAGGAAAAGUAUUUGGAAGACGAUAAAGAGCGUAUUCAACAAAUAA